GAGAAGGAAGAGGCAGGGGGUGGGGAGAAAGCGAGCACCAGGAACAGCGCCUGCGCGGUGGGCGUGAUCCGGGCACUUAGGGCAGGAUGAACGCUGCUUUCCAAGAUGGCGACGGAGGGAGGAGGGAAGGAGAUGAACGAGAUUAAGACCCAAUUCACUACCCGGGAAGGUCUGUACAAGCUGCUGCCGCACUCGGAGUACAGCCGGCCCAACCGGGUGCCGUUCAACUCGCAGGGAUCCAACCCUGUCCGCGUCUCCUUCGUAAACCUCAACGACCAGUCUGGCAACGGCGACCGCCUCUGCUUCAAUGUGGGCCGGGAGCUCUACUUCUAUAUCUACAAGGGGGUCCGCAAGGCUGCUGACUUGAGUAAACCAAUAGAUAAAAGGAUAUACAAAGGAACACAGCCUACUUGUCAUGACUUCAACCACCUAACAGCCACAGCAGAAAGUGUCUCUCUCCUAGUGGGCUUUUCUGCAGGCCAAGUCCAGCUUAUAGACCCAAUCAAAAAAGAAACUAGCAAACUUUUUAAUGAGGAAAGACUAAUAGACAAGUCACGAGUUACCUGUGUCAAAUGGGUUCCCGGUUCGGAAAGCCUUUUCCUAGUAGCCCACUCGAGUGGGAACAUGUACUUAUAUAACGUGGAGCACACUUGUGGCACCACAGCCCCCCACUACCAGCUUCUGAAGCAGGGAGAGAGCUUUGCCGUGCACACUUGCAAGAGCAAAUCCACGAGGAACCCUCUCCUUAAGUGGACGGUGGGCGAGGGGGCCCUCAACGAGUUUGCUUUCUCCCCAGAUGGCAAGUUCUUAGCGUGCGUGAGCCAGGACGGGUUUCUGCGGGUGUUCAGCUUUGACUCAGUGGAGCUGCACGGUACGAUGAAAAGCUACUUUGGGGGCUUGCUGUGUGUGUGCUGGAGCCCGGAUGGCAAGUACAUCGUGACAGGUGGAGAGGAUGACUUGGUGACAGUCUGGUCCUUUGUAGACUGCCGAGUAAUAGCCAGAGGCCACGGGCACAAGUCCUGGGUCAGUGUCGUAGCGUUUGACCCCUAUACCACUAGUGUAGAAGAAAGUGACCCUAUGGAGUUCAGUGGCAGUGAUGAGGACUUCCAAGACCUUCUUCAUUUUGGCAGAGAUCGAGCAAAUAGUACACAGUCCAGGCUCUCCAAACGGAACUCUACAGACAGCCGCCCUGUAAGUGUCACGUAUCGAUUUGGUUCCGUGGGCCAGGACACACAGCUGUGUUUAUGGGACCUUACAGAAGAUAUCCUUUUCCCUCACCAACCCCUCUCAAGAGCAAGGACACACACAAAUGUCAUGAAUGCCACGAGUCCUCCUGCUGGAAGCAAUGGGAACAGUGUUACAACGCCCGGGAACUCUGUGCCCCCUCCUCUGCCACGGUCCAACAGCCUUCCACAUUCAGCAGUCUCAAAUGCUGGCAGCAAAAGCAGUGUCAUGGAUGGGGCCAUUGCUUCUGGGGUCAGCAAAUUUGCAACACUUUCACUACAUGACCGGAAGGAGAGGCACCACGAGAAAGAUCACAAGCGAAAUCAUAGCAUGGGACACAUUUCUAGCAAGAGCAGUGACAAACUGAAUCUAGUUACCAAAACCAAAACAGACCCUGCUAAAACUUUGGGAACGCCCCUGUGUCCCCGAAUGGAAGACGUUCCCUUGUUAGAGCCGCUCAUAUGUAAAAAGAUAGCACAUGAAAGACUGACUGUAUUAAUUUUUCUUGAAGACUGUAUAGUCACUGCUUGUCAGGAGGGAUUUAUUUGCACAUGGGGAAGGCCUGGUAAAGUGCCGGCAGAGCACUUCUGCAGGCAGGAGGACAGCAUGCAAGGUGUUCUCCAAGACCAGAGCUAAAGGUGCCCGACAGCUUGAGGAGAAGAGGCACUGGAGAGAGGGUGGGGGAGCGCCCUCCCUGGGCCAUGCUUCCGAGUAAUGGCUCCGGCAGACCUGGGGUGGAUCGGGGAGGGCGCUCCUGACACCAGGUGUGUCAGUACCAUGUGCGUUGCUUCCUGUGGCAGACAGUUAAGAGAAACUUGGGGGAAAAUUUUGUGGUUUCUUCACCAAACUUUGAGCUUCCUCAUUCACAUUUUUCAGCUUAAACGUUAUUGUGAGCAGGAAUAGCUUUUCUAACCUCAUCUCUGGGAUGGAACACAGCAUUUGGCCAGAAGAGGCUUUUAACUGCUUAGUCAGCAUCACUUUUCCAAAGUGUACCAAACCGCAGAGGUGAAAAGCACAGACAAAAACCAGGGGCACACUGAGCGGCCACAGAGCCCCGCGCCUACUUGGCAAGGGGGCAGGCUUGGCCCUGGCGGUGUCAGACACCUUCCGAAGGUGCCAGGCCAGGGAGCCUCUCCUUGUCCUACCCGGGCUGGCCUCUUCCGCCAGAAUUCCAGAAGCCAGGUUUGUGCGGUGAAGCGGGGUGGGCUUCCAAACACUACCUGCCACCGGGGCCCCAGCCUUACCCUCAGGCUUUUCUCUUAUUCAGGAGAAGGGGAUUAAAAAUUCCCCCAGAAGCCUGGAGAAGGGAGCCUUUGGAAAACCUUGCCUUCUUUUGAAAGCAAAUGCAUGUGCAGGAUUAGACACUGGAGAAAUAGCCAGUAGCCUUGGGGUUGGAAUUUGCUUAAAUCAUGGCAAAGGAUCUAAUUUCUCUUUUGUGCUGAUUGAACCUUCUAGCAGUCUGGAAGUGUUCUCCUGUGAACCCUUAGCUUGGGACUGAGGAUAAAUGCCUUAAAAAUGGAGGCAUGGAAAAUCUGAAAGGAGCUAUCACAAUGAUUCUUAUCUCAAAGGCAUGCAGGAAUUCUGAGGAAGAAACUCUGUGAUGGGAUGAGGUUUUAUGGGCAUGAACACCGUCCAGGUGGGGCCAGUGUGCUUCUCCCCGGCUGGCUUCACCGCCAGGGCCCAGCUGGCAGGUGGCCAGGCAGCAUUUCUGCCCAGUUCCUCCACUUCCUGGGGUUCAUUUUAAGUAUUAAGGAAAUCGUCAAGUGUCAAAUUAGUGCUGAAGUUGGUGGAACUGCCUUAUCACAUGGCUGUGCCCGAGUUUCAGGUCCUCAUCACCUCUUGCCUGGGCGGGAGACAUUUUUUUUCUUUGUUGAAUGAGCUCAAAGUGUGAGGAGGAGGAGAAAGCCCUAGGGGUUGGGGGCGCCUGGAGAAGGGACCCACGGAAACCCAGGCGCCACAUCAUGCGUGGUCUGAUUGCCCAAGGAAGAACUAGAAGCAGUUCACCUGUGGAUUUUCUGGGGAAAGAUUGGUGGAACGCAGCAUCUGGCAUCCAGCUCUGUGGGCGAGGGCAUGGCGGGGAGUCCGACAGCCCUGCCCCUGCCUCCAGUGCCAGUGGAUGGGGGCAGGGUUGGCCUCUGACUGCACAGAUGCACCAUUGCGGUCGACGUGUGCCCAUGGCUGAGGUUUCACUCCUCAGCAGUGAGAACCUCUGCAUGCAUGGGUAGGGGUGAAGUGACCUGGAGACGCUGCCUUCACUUUGGUCUGGGUGACAAAAGGUGAGGGUUGAUAGUCUACCGCCCUGGCAGCAGCCUGCAGGGCCCUCCUUUGUCUGGAGCACGCUCUUUGCCACCGGCCGAUUGGGACUAUCAUAUGUUGGUUUAUGUUAAGGUGCGUAUCUCAGUGACCCCAAGUCAUGUCCCAAAGGGAGGAGACAUUCGUGUGGCCAAAGUGAAGUGUGUGGCUUUAUAUUGAAAAGCACUCGUAUUCAACUGUUACCUUUGAAACUCAGAUCCCAGUCACAAACUGUAAGAACAUGCCCCUCCGGUAGAGGGAAGCUGUCCCACUGAUGUUGAUUUUUUUCAUCCAUUUCCGCAUCUGUUACACGAACUUUGUGUCAUAAAUUGCAGUCCCUUCAUUUGAAAGUGUAAAAGAAAAAUUGCCUGCAUUUUUAUCAUUUCUGUAUACUUGAGUUUAUUAAAGAUUGUUAUGUUAGGUGACACUGUAUAAAACUGUAUGGAUAUUUUGAGUGAAAAUCAAAAGUAAAAUUCACAUGUAUUUUCUUUUUUAUAUUUUCAUCUAAUUUCUUGACAACUUGAAUAAAUUUCAUAAAGAGCCUUCCUAACAUGAAAGAUUGGUAAAUUCUUAACUGUUGCAAUAAUGAAGCUUUAAUAUCAGUAUUGUUAUUUUAUAAUUUUAAGAAAAUCAUGUUUGUUUCACUGCUUUGUUUUUUUAGCUGUUCCUUUGUCACUGUCACAGCUAACGAGACUUACUACAUUUACUACAUACUUGAUACUCUGAAGUACUGUGGGGCUGUCCUCUGUAUACUGACAUUAAAUAAACUUGCGUGAAUGAA